AUGGCGUCUGAAUUGAACAAUAUGUUGUUGUCCGGAGAUACAUCUAUUUUACUCCAGCAACUUUUAGGAGCACAGCAACAGACAGUCCAAGCUAACCAGUCACAGCCCGAAGCAUUACAGGAAACAGAUAUAGAUGCAGAAGUUCAAAUAUUAACCGAAAAUAGAACAGAAGUAACCAGGCCGAGUAGGCAUGAGUCGCAUGACGACGAUUUCAACGAAAUACUGAUAAAUGAAAUCCAGUCUAUGCCAAUUCUCUGGUUAAGAAAUUGUCCUGAUUACAAAAGGGCAGAUAAGAAGAAAAUAGUGUGGGCAAACAUAGCAAAAAAACUUAAAUGUGAUGGUGAGUAUUCACUACCAAUUUUUUAAUCUCAGUCAUGCACUCAUACAUGAUUUCAUGGUUUCUGUAAAUACUGAAAUACAGGUAUAGUUUGUUGGUUAACCGAGUCAAAUCCGAGUCCGAGCCAAAUGCCCAAGUCAAAUGCCCAAGUCAAAUGCCCAAGUCAAAUGCCCAAGUCAAAUGCCCAAGUCAAAUGCCCAAGUCAAAUGCCCAAGUCAAAUGCCCAAGUCAAAUGCCCAAGUCAAAUGCCCAAGUCAAAUGCCCAAGUCAAAUGCCCAAGUCAAAUGCCAGAGUCAAAUGCCAGAGUCAAAUGCCAGAGUCACUGUUAGUCUUUGUAGUUCAAUGACUUACUAGUAAGUACCCUAACCCCUACCUGGCCAACCAUACUCCUAACCCUAUUCGAUUAUUAAUUUUGUUCAAUUUCGUCUUUUUGUAACGUGACUUGGACAUUUGACUCGGGCUCUGAAUUGACUCGGAUUUGACUCGGUUAACUGACAAACUCUAUUUGUAUUUCAGAUUUGACUUGGUAAAUGGAUUUAUUCAAUACAAAUACAAAUACAUACCGUAGACUUCUGACAGGGGUGGAUCCAGCAAAUUUUUUCUAUGGGAGCUCUGGGUGAGCAGCUCAGUGUUUCUUUAUAAUUCUUUAGGGGGUGGUGGGAGAUCAUUCAAAUGAACUGGCUUUCCUAACGACUUGAGCGGCGAAGGCGCAAGCUCCCUGGGGGUCCAGGAGUAUGCCACCGAAAAAUUUUGAAAAUUAGAAUCCUAGAAAUGCCCUUUCCUGCGAUAUGGGCAUUGAAUUAUCAGCUUCAGUUUGACUUCAAAAAAGGAAAAACCUUGGAAAUUGUGCCAUAUUUCUGAAUUUGAUUUUUUGCACCCCCAUAAACCCACCCCUGACCUCCGACUAUAAACCCUGGGCUUAUAUUCUUUUGUAAGCAAUUUUUGAUGGGCUUAUACAAGGGGAGGGGCUUAUACGUGGAUGAUCUUUUGUGUUAGUAAUAAACAAGUCAGUCAUAAACAGGAAAAUAAACAUGUAUUAAUAAUAUCAUGCUUUGAUUAACAUAGUAAGCUCUAAAGACAGACCUGGAAAUAAUUCAAGCCUUUCUUAGAUCCUAGGCCAGGGGGGGUAUUUUCUUUGAAAACUCUGUUAUCAAAUUUAGUUGGUUUAACAGCACUUAAAUUUUGACUCUUUAGGCAUUAACUGUGCUUCACAGUCUUCACUAGUUCACUGUUAACAAAAUCUAUUCAAUUAAUUAAUAAAUUGGAUAUUGGAUAAUAUUAAUUAAUUCUAUGUUACUAAUGUUAGCAAUUUAGGUCUUAGCAUAUCAAAUUAAAUUGUAGUAAAUGCUUAUAUAGUGUAAUAGCUUAUUACAGUUGUAGUUAUAACUUAUAAGCAUUUAUUAUUACUAAUUUGACAUUUGCAUGUUGUGAGAUAAAGAAAUUUAAAUUUCAGGGAAUGUUUUUAUGUAUGCUUACCCUGCGAGCAAAGUACUCUCGUAUUUCUUCUCGGCAAAGCAUGGAGAAGCAAGAGAGACUCUGCAGAACUUGUGUUUAUUGUUUGUGGAGCCGACAGUCCAAAAGCUUGGAUAAUUAUGCAUAAUUUCAGGUUUGAUACUGGUUUUAUAACCGGUUUUGAUCUGAACCGGAAACUACUUAAAUAUUAAAUCUUCUUCUGGGAAAUAGGCUGCAGAGUCUCUCUUGCUUCUCUGUGCCGUGCCGAGAAGAAAUACGAGCGGACUUUGCUCGCGGGUGAUGUAUGCUCAAAAUUAAAAUGUUUAAAAGCUUACAUAUUCCAGCGUUAUAUUGGAAUAGGGUGAGCAUUACAUGUGUGGUAGGCUUGUACAUGGGGGAGGGGCUUAUAUUCGGGUUGCUUUUGAUUUUCAACUAUUGGCUUAAAUGCAUGGCAUAUGUUUAUUUUAAUGGUACACUUCAUAGUUACAUUGAUCCAGUGCUCUCACUGUUUAACACUUGAUUGUUAUUUAAAUUGAUAAGGCAAUUUAAUACUUAGGGUUCGGUCAUUAAAUAAUGGGAGGGGGCGGUGUGUGAGAAAAGGGGGACGGCUUCAACUAUUUUUGCCUGAAUUGGGGGCGGCCUCAAACUGAAACAUAUGUGACAACGGGUGACCCCAAUUUUUUAAUACUUUCCUACUCAUUUUCAAAAUAUUUAAACCUAUUUUUAGUUCCUAUAAUCGUAAUUUCCAUACAGUAGUUUAUUACAUAUACAGUAUGCAGUUCACCAUAGAAGUCGGAGUAAAUAAUAACCAUUUUGAAUACUUGUCCCAUUACCUAUUUUACAACAAAAAAUGUAACAAUUAAAUUAAAUGUUGGAGGGGGGUCCUAAAUUUUGUAGAUGGAGGUGGGGGCAUCUUGAAAAUAAAGUCUUGCGAUUGGGGGCAGCUCUAAAAAAGUUCAAUAUUUGGUAUUUAUUACCCACCGCCCUCCCCCGGCCAUUAUUAAUGACCAGUCACUUAUUUCAUUUUUAUGCAUGUACUUUUUACCACAUGCUCUUAUUGCACUUGCUGUUUUAAACCAUCUUUUUGAGAGACAUGCCUGAUUAAGUGGAAGCAAAACAAGUUUUUAAAUAUAAUUUUUCUAAUCAAAUAAUCAAUGAGGCUGAUAUUUUCAUUAUUUGUAGUUACCUAUGUAAAAAACAGAUGGAAGAAUCUCUGUGACAGUUACAAGAAAUGCAUGGACAGAGAACGUGACAAUAACAGAUCUGGUUCUGGUGCUACUAAAACACCUCGUUGUCGAUACUAUAAUCAACUAUCUUUUCUUCGCGACAAUUUGUGUAAUCGUUCUACCCACAGCAAUGUCACACUUCCAACAGCAAACAUUCGAAUUCCAUCCCCCUCAACAUCAUCAUCGUCAGAAGUGAUUUCACGUGAUGAUAAUGCUGCUUUAAAUGAAAGCCUUGAUGAUCCCGAGCCUCAGGCAACAAUAGUUCCUCGCAAGAGAAAGAAGUCACAAGAAAUUGAUGAGGUUGAUCAGUAUUUAAUAAAUGCAAUAAAUGACAAAAAAACUGAGAAGGUUAAUGAAGAUUCUAAUGAUUUAUUUUGCAAAAGUAUUACUGAUAUCUUAAGAAAUUUCCCACCAAAGAAAAACCUUGCAAUGAAGAUCAAAAUUCAGCAACUUCUCUUGGAAGAGAUGGAGGAUGAUUGAGAUGCCUUGAAUUGAUUGAAAGAACUGAGACAUGUUCAUAUUUCAUAACGUUUUAUUUGAGUUAUUUGAUUUGUUAUAGUUGCAAACAAUGAGAAACUAAAUAAUAUAAUAGAAAGUUCUUUAAGUUUACUAGAUUUUUAUCAUGUUUACAAUUAAAGAACAAUGAACUCAACCUCGUACCCAGGUUCUCAAUUUUCGCUCCUACCUUGCAUGAAUUGAGACCCUUGUAUCGGCUGGUCACCUGACCAGUCAUAUUUUGGCAGAUUUGCUAAUUUGUUUUUAGGGAAAGGAUAGUAACUGAGAUGUUUUGUUUUGUAAUGUUAUUUUAACAAUAUUAAUGUUUACUACAAUAUCUUCUUACUAUACUUUCCCUAAAACAAUUGAGCAAAUCCGCCAAAAUAUGAUCGGUCACAUGACCAGCCAGAAUCAGGGUCUAAAUUCAAGCGAGGUAGGAGCGAAGAUUGAGAACCUUGGUAUGAGGUUGCAAUGAACUGCAAAACUCUAAGUGUUCCUUACUUCUACAUUAUAAGCAUGCCACUGCCAAGGGAUUUCUCCUUCACUUGAGUUGAAAUAGGUACAAAAAUU